AUGACUCAAAACUCAUUUAAGACUUUACAGGAAGCUUUGUUCCUUAGUCUGGAAGAAAAGCUAAUAGAUGACGAAGAAUUUGCCCUGCUGUAUGAAGAAUUCACUCCACAAAACCUUCCGUUUCGCCACUGGGAUUACGCAAAAUUUUCCCUCGAAAACAAGGACCCCGCAGAGUGUAAGGCAGACUUCAGAUUUGAAAAGAGUGACAUCUCAUUGCUGGUGGAUGUUUUACAGAUGCCUGAUACCUUCACAUGUCCGAAUGGUACCGUUUGUGAUUCAACAGAAGGACUUUGUGUUAUACUAAAGCGCUUUAGCUAUCCAUGUAGGUUGUCUGAUAUGAUUUCUGCUUUUGGUCGAUCAGUGCCCGAGCUCAGCAUGAUUAGCAAUGAAGUCACUGAAUGGAUGUAUAAUGUUCAUGGCCAUAGGAUUACUGAAUGGAAUCAUUUCAUUAUGUCUCCUAACCUACUGCAAACUUAUUCUGAAGCAAUUCAUGACAAAGGUGCCGCCUUGGAAAACUGUUUCGGUUUUGUUGAUGGAACGGUUCGUCCCAUAUCAAAACCAGGAGUCAAUCAGAGAGCUGUUUACAAUGGCCACAAGCGCGUUCACGCCCUUAAAUUUCAAUCCCUGGUCUCUCAAAUCAGAGGUAUUUUCAGUAGCCCCCACUUUCAAUUGUUAUUAGAGGAAAUGGUUGUCCCGUCACCACAGACAAAUAGUUCAUAAAUUCUGACUUAUAGGCCAUAAGUACCUGGACUGUAAGAAUAAUAGCCAGCCAAUCCUAUGUUGUUUUUGGCCUACUAUUACUAAGCUAAUCAAUGGUCUAUAUAGGUAACAGUUUGUCAGCCAGCCAAUGUGUGACUGAUUGUAGUUCAAAAAUUAAUUUUUUGGCUCUUGUUCAGAGGGACGAAUGCAUGAUGCGAGAAUGCUGGACACAUCUGGCCUCUAUGUUGACCUGGCACAGUUCGCCUUUUCCCCUGCUGGACAGGAGAUGUGUAUCUACGGGGAUCCGGCAUAUCCUCUACGUACUCAUCUGCAGUGCCCCUUCAGAAAUGGGGUGUUAACAAGACAAAUGGAAGAGUUUAAUGCAUCUAUGAGUUCUGUACGUACAAGUGUGGAAUGGUUGUUUGGAGACCUUAUAAAUUAUUUCAAGUUUCUCGAUUACAAAAAGAAUCUCAAAAUUGGCCUUAGCCAUGUAGGAAAAAUGUACAUUGUUUGUGCACUUUUGCGGAAUGCUUUAACAUGUCUUUACCGCAAUACGACUGCUGACUACUUUGGCCUUGACCCACCAUCACUAGUCGAGUACUUUAGCUAA